ACUCUUGGCAGUCAGUCAUUAUUACUACAUCAGUUCUAUAUUAUUGUGGAUAUCCUACUCCUCCCCUUCCAUCUACUUGAUGCUCACUGGCUACACUGUUAUAGGAACAAUGGAAGAAGACUCAGAAUCAGAGGUACAAGAGUUGCAUAUCACUUCUUCAUCUGAUGAGGAUGAGAAGCAAGCUACACCCUCACCAAAGAGAGGAAAUGUUACUUCUAAAGUAUCAAGACAUGUUUUAUCUGAGGCCAAGAGAACUUCAAUGUCUAUUAUCAUACUGGAAGAACAUAAAAUUGAUGGGGAAGAAGAGAAAAAGGGGAAAACUAUAUAUUUUGGGAAGAGGUCAGCCUCAAAGAAGUCUGGACUCUCUCAAUUUGCUUUGGAAAAGAAAAUUUCAAGUGUCAGAAUAGAGCCAAAAGCAAAGAAGCAGAUAGUGGCAUCACUUAGAACUAUGGUUGAUCAAGUCAAAACAAAAAGGAGCAAAGAAGAAGGAGGAGAAGAGCAGACGCCAUCAUCACCACUGAUGCCAUUAGGCUCUACCUUUAAACUUCCCCAAUGUUCAAACGACUUGAAGAAAGGUCAAAACUACGGAUGCAAGUUAUUCCAGCUACACUUGCUGCCUAUCCUGCCAAAGCUAAAGACACCAUGGUUCAUAGCCAAUGUAUUAACCUUACUUGCUCUCAUGAUCCUCUCAUUUGUCAAUAUUCACGAAAAACCAUCAGAUGGGUUUGCUGCUUUAAGCAUCAUUUCAUCAAUUCUUGCGUUCUUCUUCAUAGUCAUAGAUGGAUACCUCUUAUAUGGAUCGAAAUUGAAAACAUGUGACAAAAACAUGGAAGCCAAUGCAAGUUUUCAGUGUCGUUGCCAAUACUCUGAUUACUAUGGCAGGUGGUAUGAGUUCCUUCGCUUACUCUGUGCUGAAAUUCUCAUGUAUCCUUUACUAGUUACGUGUAUCUUUGAGCUCUUUACCAGCAGCACCCCAACCGAGCUUAAUGUGUUCACAAUAGGACUCCUGGUAGUAUUGUCAACAUACAUGCUCUCAAUACACAUAUUAAGGUCAGUAAUGGUCCUGGUAGCAUUACUGAAACUGAGGGGACUAGCACUCAUCAGUGGAGACAGGAAUGGAAUUAACUUGUACACCAUCUUCUUCUUGAGGCUGUUCUUUCAUGUUAUAGAAGAGUCAGUAGUCGUUAGUCUUAUAUUGCUAUCUGUAGGAUUGUGUAUGAGUCACGACAACGUCUCGGCUAAUCUAUGGAUUAUCGUUUUCUGUGGAUGGACUGCUUCCAUACUGAGCAUAAUCUUGUUCUUUAUCAUCAACUACUAUUGGUUUCAACAGUUAUUGCUACAAAUCUUCAUCGAUAUGAUGGAAUGCUGUCAAAUACCAGAUAUCUCGAGCGAAGUUUUCAAAGACGACAAGAUAAGUCUUGAAGAGUUCUUAAAAACUGUAUCAUACCCAACGAUAAAACAAGACGUUAUUAGGAGGAGAACCGGUGGGACACUAAAAGCAAAGAUAUACUAUCCUUUGUGCAAUCCUCCUUUUGUAGUGUUUGCUAUUCUCUUUGAUCUAUUUCUACUAGUAACUCUGUUCUGUGUCUUCCUUGAGCUCGUAAGCAAAGCUCAUCUCAUUGGAAGUAAUUUGAUGUUAAUUCUCACAGGAGCUUUCAUCGUAUUUGCAAACAUCCAUUUCAUUCUUCUCUUUAAUGUUUGGCUGGUGGUCAUUGCUAUCAUUGGUGUCCCAUUGCUUAUCGCUACAAUAGUAAAGGCUCUGGACAAGAAAAUCUCCAAAAAAGGAUACGUACCUAUAAAAUAAAAAUAGUUGCAUAGCAGCAUAAAUUAUUACUAAUUCAUAAUUAGUUCUGCAUGUGCUUAUUUUUAUUAUAA